AAACAAAAGGCAAUAGCCCUCAUAAAAUGUCGCAAGUACAAAUUUCCAAAUCACAAGUAACAUGCAAGACAGACAGCGACGAAAUAAAGUGUCUGUACGGCGAAGGAGAUGGAAUAAUUGCACCGCGAAAUCAAAAGACAGUCGAAUUAAAACCGACAGACUCUACGCCGUCGACUGAAAUACAGGAAGACGUCGAAAUUUUAGACUUCCCCCUACCGUUCAAAUCGAUCGGACAGCGCAGUUCCCUGACCAACCUGCACGAUCUACUCGAACGCUGCCCUCAACCGCAACCGCCCAUCACUGUGAAACAAUUAAAAUCGCUACAACUAAACGAGAGCAACGCGAGGAUUAUGCACGAGCAGGUGCACCUAAUAAAGGCCAGCAUGGAAAACUUGCAGGAGUACGUCAGGCACUUCUGUUGCACCGAGCAGUUUAGGGAUGACGUCGACUAUAUUGUCGCCAAUGUCAGAUCUGUAAUUGCAAAGUCGGAGGAAAGUAAAACGAAUAAGUAGUUCUACAAUUGUAUUUUAAACGUACAGCUUUGCCAUGUCGGCUUUAUAUCGACUGGUUGUUCCAUUGCCACUUCAAUAAAUUGUAGUUCCCAAUC